AUGUUCGGCCGAGACCUUAGAGGUCCUUUAGAAUCAAUAUUAAGUGAACCAAUACAAGGACCGCCACCAACAACUAAUGAACAAGAGCAAAUCCAAGAGUAUAAAAAAUAUUUAAUCAAUCAAUUGCGAAGCGCAUACAAUCUAAUCAAAGAACAUUCAGAAUUAGAAAAAACAAAACAAAAGAUAAAUUAUGACCGACAUACAUCCCAACGACAAUAUUCAGAAGGUGAUCUCGUAUGGGUAGAAAUUCCAAUAAAACAAGCUGGUGACAAUCAAAUCAAUGGAAAAUUACUACCACAUUAUCAAGGACCGUGUCAAUUGAUAAAGAAACUGACACCCGUCACAUUUACGGUUCACCGCUUGAGCGAUAAUGUAAAUUUGGGAGCUACGAAUAUUGAUCGAUUAAAGCCAUACGCCCAACCAAGAACAGAUAAUACAAACGAUCAAUCAACAAUAACAGCGAACAACAAUGAACCAUUAUCAGAUGAUCCAUCCAUCUCAAAUACAACAGACAAUAUCGAUCAGUCAUCUGAUAUAAAUUCAACAAUACAAAGACGAGUAUCAAAUCGACACCGCAGGGCGCCGAUGAGAUACAUUGAACAAUAA